AUGGCCGAGCCGCGUGCGAGGCCGUUUGUGUCCGAGUUUGCGCAGACGCAGAUGUUUGCGCAGCACGUGCUUGCGGGGAGGGCGCCCCCGGCCUUUCAGGAGCGGGGAGUCGGCGCGGCGAUGCAGCUGGCGGAGGCUGACGCGCGCUCCUCCCCCCGGCGUCCGCAGGAGUGCUCCGACGCCUUUUUGGCGGAGCGCGUCGCCUCCCUCUCCACCUCGCGCCGCACUCCGGCGACCACCGCCGAAGACCUCUCUCUCUCGAUGGCGGCGCGUCUCGAGGCGCGGAUGGGGGGCAAGAAGUCCGCGGCCGCGCAGCCCGAGCGCCCCGCGCAGGGGUUGCACUCGGUGCCUCCGCCGCAGUCGGCGGCGGCCCCUCCCCCGACGGGCUUCUCCUACCCCGACGGACCGCCGCGCAGCUUCCCCGAGAGCCUAGCGCCGGUGUCGUCUCCGCUGCCACGCCUCAAGGGGGAGCCGCCGCCUCCGCCGCCCGCUGUCUCUGCGGAGACGCGCCGCGCGUGGGCGGAGGCUUUGCGUUCCCUCGAGGCGCACGCUGAGCAAAGGCAGACAGGCCAAAAGAUCGGAGCGUCGGUGAGCGCCGUGGUGGGCGGCGCGCUGCUUGCCGCACCCGCCGUCGGAUGUCAGGUGCAGUGA